AUGCCUGGGUUGAAAACUUUGAUCUGGACGACCCUUGCGGCGCCGGCCGUCGCGGCACAGGUACAGGCACCAUUGGACCUCGGAAGUGGUUUCAGUCUCUCUGUUGACCAGAGUGCCAAUCAUCUAGUUGUUACUGGUCAAAACCGAACAAUUUGGGAGACUGUGCCUGGCGCAUCGUUCUUGAGCGCAAGCGCCGGUCUGGAUGAGAUUAUUGAUUCAAGUGGAAACUUCAAGAUUACCGAUGUGGACGAGGACAAGUGCACAUCUGAGCGCAUCACCAGGGUGAUCCAGCGCGAGUCAAAGGAGAGUGUCAACAACCACGCUACAGUCGUGCAAGGCACCCUUUCUGGAUGUGGAAAGUCAAACACCACUGCUGGCUUCUCUUUGACCCUCUAUGUUUCUCACCAGUUCCCGGAUCGGGUUGCUUUCAACAUCAAAGUCAACCCCAGCUCGGAAGAUGCCUUGACCAAAUUGUUCUUUACCUACCGCUCUUCGCCUUCCGAAGACUUCUAUGGUCUCGGUGGACAAGCUUCAUUCGCCUCGCUGAAGAACCAGUCUGUGCCUAUCUUCUCCCGCGAAGGUGGUGUUGGCCGUGGUGAUCAGCCGACCACCGAACUUGAGAACGCUUCCAGCUUCUUCUCUGGAGGUGACAAGUACAGUACUUACUCCGCCACUCCUCAGUACAUCUCUUCUAAUGCACGCGUUCUCCACCUCACCGAGGAGAGCACCGCCUAUGCCAACUUCGAUUUCCGCAAUGCAAGCUCCGUUACUGUACGGUACGCUGCGCUUACCGUGGACGGUUAUUUCAUGCAGGCAGGUAACAUGCUAGACGCAAUCACUAUGCUUACUGAGUACACUGGUCGCAUGCCUGAGAUUCCUAAGUGGGCCGAUAGUGGUGCCAUUCUUGGUAUCCAGGGUGGUCAAACCAAGGUCAACAAGAUUGUCAACUAUGGAUUAAACCACUCAUGCCCGAUUGCCGGUAUUUGGCUCCAGGAUUGGGUCGGCACCCACAGUCAAUCCGCUUCCUACCUGAAUGGCCUGACUAUUUCUCGUCUUUGGUGGAACUGGGAGGCCGAUUCGGAUCUGUACCCGACUUGGAACAAAUUCGUCCAGGACCUGCGUGACCAACACAAUGUGCGCACUCUCUCUUACAUCAACCCCUUCAUCGCCAAUGUCAGCACCAAGCCCGAUGGAUAUCGCCGUAACCUUUACUUGGAGGCUACUGAGGGUGGCUACAUGAUCCAAAAUUCCACCACCAACGACACUGCUGUUAUCUCUAGCGGUCCCGGUAUUGACGCCGGUAUCGUUGAUCUCACCAACCCCGCUGCCUGGUCUUGGUUCCAAGAGGUUCUUACCGACCAGGUAUGGAGCGCCAAUGUCUCGGGAUACAUGUGUGACUUUGGAGAGUACACCCCCGUUAGCGAUGACACCAAGUUCGCCAACAAGAACAUUGAUCCCCGAUUCUACCACAAUCAGUACCCUCGUGACUGGUCCGCUUUGAACAAUGAGCUCCGCAACAACGUCUCCGCCGUUGCCGACGCUCUCAUCUUCCACCGCUCUUCAUCCAUGUCUUCUAACCGCGACAUGAACCUCUACUGGGUCGGUGAUCAAAACACCAACUGGGGCGUCAACGACGGAAUUAAGUCUGCCGUGACCGUCCUUGGCCACAUGGGUCUUUCAGGCUACGCCCACGGUCACGUCGAGAUUGGUGGCUACACAACUACCUGGGACAGCAACGGAAUCGUCAACCGUUCCGCCGAGCUCCUCGGUCGCUGGGGUGAGCUUUCCGCCGUUUCCAGCGCCGUCUUCCGCUCGCACGAGGGUAACGUCCCCGAGGUCAACGCACAAUUCUACACCAAUGCAUCCACAUACGCGUACCACGCCUACAAUGCUCGCAUGUUCGCCAGCUUGGGUCCUUACCGUCGCCAGAUUCUUGAUACCGAAAGCAAGCACCUUGGCUGGCCCCUUGUUCGCAUGCCCGUCAUCUACCACCCCAAUGACGUGAAGGCGAAGCAGAUUAGCUUCGAGAGCUACUUUCUCGGCGCGGAUCUCUAUGUUGCUCCUGUUUUGGAUGCUGGUCACAAGACCGUUCGCGUGUACUUCCCCGGCCAGGGUGAGACCUAUAAGCAUGUUUGGACUGGAAAGACCUACCAGGGUGGCCAGACCGCUACUGUUCCUGCGCCAUACGGCAAGCCUGCUGUUUUUGUUGUGGGCGAGCCUAGGCACAAAAACCUCAAGAGCUUCUUCGACUUUGUUCGCAAGGAGAACGCGACUGUUAUUCAUGUAUAG